AUGGCCACUGUUCGGACGUCAUCGCCAUUGUUCGCAACGUCCUUUGAUUCGCUUGAGCAUGCAAAGUUAAAAGCACAGCUACAGCAUGGCGAUGCAUCGUGGCACAUUCGUAAUGAAUGCGACUUCCUUGAGAAGAAAUAUAGCGGCUAUCUCAAGAAUCAGAAGGCCAGAAGUCUGCGAAAGUUCUGGGUCGAGCUGGAUCAUGAGUGGUUCCAACUCUUCUCAGAGCGCAAGAAGCUAUUUGGUGAGAUCACAGAUUUGACUAGUGAACAGAAGGCACAGCACGGCACGGCAAUUCAGCAUCGCAAAAUCCAACUACGCUCAUGGUUUCGGAACAGAUCUGCUAAGGCUCGGCGUCACGAUGGGACGAAACUUCCUGGCCACUUUGACAUGGACCUCAGUGGCACAACGAAAGAGCAGUCACUGGGGCCAAAGCAGACGCUCGCUGUCAUCAAGUCUCUGACAGAGAAAGCGUUUGCCGCAGAAGAUGAGACCAUCAAAGCGGAGGUUCAAGCCGAAUUUGAAGCGCAGAUAGAUGUUCGCGAUGAGGAUGGUGAAGGAUUGGGGGCUACGCCCACGCCUGCAGCACAGCAACAGAUGCUCGAAUUUCUUCCAUCCAUAGUGAGGAAGAUUCUUGGAGAGCUCGCACAGAAGACUGGAUGGUCCUUCAGCCUCUUUGGUGGUGGACCUUGCCCCGAGGAAGAUGGCGAUAUCAGGACCUUUUCAUAUGUUGAUUAUCUUGAUUGAUGAAUUGCACGCUGAUGCAUCAUGUCCAGUUACCAUCACGGGAAGACGUCUGUUGGCCACCAUUUCGGAGAUGUCCAACCAAACUUCAAGAAUCAGGUUAUCAAACCAUAUAUCGAAUUCC